AACAAGAUGCCUACUCUCCGCGUAGCUAUCCUCGAGUGUGACACUCCGAUGGAUAAGGUACUCAACAAGUACGGCAGCUAUGGCGAUAUCUUCACUGCUCUCUUGAAACAGGCUGCUGAAGAUUUGACAUCGGCAGGAGGAGACAAAGUGCAGGUCGAGUGCUCGAGUUAUGAUGUUGUUGAUAAGCAAGAGUAUCCCGAGGACUUGGAUAAGGUCGAUGCUGUUUUGAUGACCGGAAGCAGUAAAANNUACAACUCCUUCGACAACGAGCCCUGGAUCCUCAAAUUGGUCGACUUCACAAAGAAGAUCCUCGAGCCUCAAUCUCGCACCCGUGUCUUGGGCAUCUGCUUCGGCCACCAGAUCGUAGGCCGCGCUCUGGGUGCCAAAGUUGACCGUGGCACCCACGGCUGGGAAGUCAGCGUCACACCCCUAGAACUCACCUCCAUAGGCAAGGACAUCUUUGGCGUUGAUUCCUUGAGCAUACACCAAAUGCACCAAGAUAUGGUCUUCUCAUACCCUGAAGGUGUUCUUCCAUUGGCACACACCACUCGCUGUGAAAACCAAGGCAUGUAUGCCAAGGGUCGCUUAAUCACUGUACAAGGACACCCAGAGUUUAACAAGGAGAUGGUGACGCAUAUCCUGACUGCGAGACACGAUGCUGGUGUGUUCAAAGACGAGAUUUAUGAGGAUGGUAUCAAGAGAGUGGGAGAGACGCAUGGUGGUGCUGUGAUUGCAAAGGCAUUUUUGGAGUUUUUGAUGCAAUGA